CGAAUUUCACUCCGUCUGCCUCACUCUCUCACUGCCUGCGCUUGUGAGCGAGGGAAUCCACAAGAGAGUCUGGUCCAAUUCGUUUGCCUCCUCUCUCUCUCUCUCCCUCGCUCUCUCUGUCUGUGUGCUGACUGACUGACUGACGAACGGUGAUGGCUUUCGUAAUGGGAAAGUGGUGGAUGACGUGAAGGAUAGGAGUCAGAGCUGGAUUGUACGAAAUUGGAGAGGUGUGAGGAUGAUGCGGGCUGGGCUAAGAACGAGAGAGGCGGGAAGAAUUAUAGAGUUCGAAUUUGUCUCCUCCAGCGCAGAAGUUGCGAGGCAGAUGGGAGUGUUGGGGAUCUGUAGCAUCUUGGGAAUUCUCCCGAGGAGACAAUGUGAGGAAGGCCAGGUUGCGGACGGUGGAGGGUGUAACCAUUGGCUUCAGUGAGCGACAGGUUGUUUCAGUGACUUUGUCUGCUUGACAGGUUUCCUGCUGUCUCGGCGUCGCUGCGCGGUUGCUUGCUUUGUCGCCGCAUCGCCGUCGUUGGCUGGUUAAGAUUAUUGAUUGAUUUCUGUGCACUCAUUUCCAUGGAGUUGGUGUUUCUACUCUCUCUGCAAGUUCAGGCAGAGCUUAGUACGAAGCCCGCUCGUGUCUUUGAUGUGGACAUUCCUGCUCUACUUACCAACUGCGACAACUACCGUCGAGCUAUGGAGUUACACCAACAAGCAUGUACUGGCCGUCUUCGUCGUGACACUGGUGCAUUUUGUUCCCAGCUCACACUUGCAGUCUUCUUCCUGUGCACCCAUUUUAAUCGUUUGUGGGCACCACUAACUGCACCUGUUCGUUACGAUGCCCAUGACAUGUAGCGUCUGAUUCUCGCUCGAGAAGACUUGGCAGUCUCUACCAGUCCUCGAGUUCUACUCUCUCGCGAUUCCUACAUGCUUGCUCAGAAUCCCCCUUUUCUCGAAUGCGGGGAUACUUGGCCUGUCUUUCGUGAUUGCUUGCUUAAAGAUUGGGAGGUCAUGCUCCUGAUGUUGAUGCAUUGUGUUAAUCAGCUGGACAGUUGGGUGAAUCAAAUUUGAACGCUGUUGGAUAAUUCAAGUUUUACCUAGAUGUGCUGAAUUCAAGCCUUUUAGCCUGCCCAGCAAUCUAAUGAGGUUCAGAGGUUCAGCCCUUCAUUAAAUGAAGAGGAUCGUAACUGUAUUAUCUGUGACCGGUCCCUGUAUUCAUUCAUCUACAUUCUUACGAACGAAUUAUGUGGAGAAAUCUGAAUGCUUACCGGGUGUUUAGACUGGAGGUACAUGUACGAACAUGAUAUAAGCUCUCUCGACCAAAUACUUUGUGUGAGAAGCAUUGUGUCGCGAACUAGUGCUGCAUCAGUAUUAUUUUGGUGCCAUGAAAAAAAUAAUUGUUUCUGUCAUAAUGUUCUGUACUAUUGCUCUCUCCCAGCAAUAUCUAUGGACCAGCUCGUAUAAGUAAGUCUUUGGCGGGAGUAUUUCAGCUAGUCGAUGUUAACGAGGUGCGGUGGUCCUUUUAUCCAGAACGAUGCACGUGCGCUUUGGGGAUGCACUUUGGACAUUUAUCUUGACAACUCGUCAGGAACUUGUCGAAUUUAAGGACGAGAUUAGAACGAGAGUAUAAAGCUAGCAGUCUCCGAGAGAAUCACCUAGAGUACUGGUAUAUUUCUUUCGGCCCGCGAAAAUGGAGAGUGUCGAAGACGAAGCAAGAAUUUUGAAAGAAUCCAAAAUUCAGCAAGAAUUGGAUCUCAGGAGAUCUGGAUCGUCGAGCGGUUCUUCGUCUUCAAGAUCCCUCUCGGCCGAGGAAGAAGAUGAGCUUGAAGGAAUGGCAGGAGAUUCAGGUUCAGCUCGGAGAAUUGAUGACCCCGACUCAGUAGAAGCGAGGAUUUCACUGGGUAGUGGAGCAUUCCCCCACUCUUCUUCCUUGGAGGCUGGAAAUAUAUUUUCCGCAGAACUGGGAGAAAAGGGUCUCGAAGAGGCCCGAGUCGCGUCCACCUCCAGAAGCUCAGGGCAAUUGCAAGGCGAGGGCAAAUUGUGCAGCUGGCUCGAAUUUCUGUCGGUCCUCGCGCACCUGACAGCUUUUGGAAUUAUUGGGGUGCUCAUAAGGUUUGGUUUGGAACAAUUGUUUGGUCCUCCGGUGGCAGGAGUCACCACCGAUAAUAGUGCACUUUUCAACGAUCUUCCGGCAAAUAUGCUGGGGUCCUUUUUUAUGGGGUGGGUUGGAGUCGUUUACAAGAAGGACAUAUCUCUAUUUUCGGAGCAUCUGGCAGUGGGCCUGUCCACCGGUCUCAUGGGAAGUAUCACCACAUAUGCGGCCAUGAUCCAAAGGAUGAUGGCAAAUAUGGUGGGGAAUCACUGGAUGAAUGGAAUUGUUGGACUCUUACUCGGUAUGGAACUCGCUCAAAUUUCACUAAUCGUAGGGGUGGAUUCAGCGAAACUUUUAAAUAAAAUACUUGAACGUAUUAAUCAUAAUAGAGGGCGGAAAGGAUUGAAAAAAUUACAAGCACCUGCACCGGACAAUCUUCGUCGUCGAUAUUGGAGUUUAAUGAUAUUUGUACUUCUCGGAGGCUUCUUAUGGUUGGGAUCUUUGAUUCUGACCGUUUUUGACAGUAGCUCGAGCUCCAGGAGAACAUUGUGGCUUGCUUGUCUUGUUGCCCCUCCCGGUGUGUGGAUGCGUUGGUACUUUGCAAGGCUUAAUGGACAAGGUAUCGGAUCAAAACAUUAUCUUAGAUGGCUGCCGUUUGGAACUCUUUUGGUGAAUGUAUCUGCAUCAACAAUCGAGGCUGCCCUAGCUACGGUGGAAGUUGCGGUCGGGAACUAUAAUGCCAGACUGCUUGUUGGAGGGCUACAGUUAGGUUUGCUUGGCUGCUUGAGCACAGUCUCCACAUUUGUUGCCGAGAUACAGAUUAUGCAUCAAGGCAGAAACCGGUGGCGAGCAUACGCUUAUCCUGUCUUCACUAUCUUAACAUCUCUUGCCAUAGGAUUUUUAAUCUAUGGAGUACCAGUCUGGGUUUUGGGCCUGGGUGCUAGAUACAGGCCUUUGGAAAAAUAAGCGGAAAAUGGCGAUAGUAGUUGCUGAGAUUUAGUUUUUGCAACCGAGUAGAGCGUUCUUGCGUAGUCCGUUGCUGGAGCGGUCCUGAUUUGUCGGACUGAGAUCCAUACAUACAUCGGUUCGCUUGUGGGACGUUCUGGAGAGGUCGUUGAGUGUAGUCAGGUGCAUCCAAGUGUCCAUAUCUCGGGAACAAAGCCGUUCCAUGCCAACCACAGAACUCUUCGGAGUUCUCCUGCGGAGAUUCUAGACGAACUUGUCGAACCGAUGCCUUGUAAACGAGGCUGCAGUUAGGUCAAAGGACAGUGACACAGUCUCACAUUUCUCGGCAAGUUACGAAGUAAAGGAGUAGAAACUCAGAGGCAGACGGAGCAACCCCGGCCAGUAUCUACUUUGAACACCCUUCCACGCGUGCAGGAUUUAUUUGAGCCUGCAAUCUUCGGGGUUGCUUGGAUCCAGAGUUCAGUGAUGGAUUAGAUCCUGUUAUGUACAAUGCUGUAGCUCAGUCGGAGCUGCAUGCCUUUAGCUUGAAGGCUCUGAGAAGGGCCAGAUGCUUUUAUGAGAGGACGAGCAGUUUAUACAAAGCAGCUGCUUUCUGGCCCACUUUGGGCUUC